UUCUGUUGGUGUUGGCUUCACAAUUGAGAACAAAUCCUUAACUCUGCACUCCGCACUUACUCUUAGUAUUAGGGUUUAAGCAAUCAAGAAGAAGAAGAAGAAGAAGCAGUCUCUCGCUCUGUGUUCAUGGAGGAGGCGGAGGUGCGACGACUACAAGAUUCCGUCGAGGGCGAUCCCGACGAUGCUUCUCUCCGUUUUCAUCUCGGCGUGUUGCUGUGGAACGACGAGAAAUCGAAAGAAAAAGCGGCGGAGCAGUUGGUAGCGGCGGCCAGAUUGAACCCUCAGAACGGCGGCGUUUUCAGGUACCUAGGGCAUUACUACUGUUGCUACCACAAAGACACUGACAGAGCUGUCAAGUGCUACCAGAGAGCUCUCUCCCUCGACCCCAACGAUUCCGAUUCCGGGGAAGCGUUGUGCGAUUUGUUGGACAACCGAGGAAACCACACUCUGGAGGUCUCCGUCUGCCGGGAAGCCUCCAACAAGUCACCGAAGGCCUUUUGGGCAUUUCGCAGAUUGGGUUACUUGCAGGUCCAUCUUAAAAACUGGUCCGAGGCCGUUCCCUCUCUUCAACAUGCCAUUCCAGGCUAUCCUACGUCUCCUGAUCUCUGGGAGACUCUUGGCCUUGCCUACCACCGACUCGGCAGGUUUACCGCUGCGAUCAAGUCCUAUGGAAGAGCCAUCGAAUUGGAGUCGACGAGGGUCUUUGCUUUGGUUGAAAGUGGAAACAUCCAUUUGAUGCUUGGUUCAUUCAAAAAAGGAAUUGAGCAGUUUCGUCAGGCCCUGGAGGUCUCUCCUAAAUGCAUAUCUGGAAACUAUGGGCUUGCUUCGGGACUUCUCGGUCUCGCAAAGGAAUAUGUUUAUUUGGGAGCAUUUCGAUGGGGAGCUACAUUGUUAGAGGAGGCAUGUAAAGUUGCUAAGGAAACUACCGUCUUAGCUGGAAAUUUGUCAUGCAUUUGGAAGCUGCAUGGUGAUAUUCAGCUCACAUAUGCAAAAUUUUACCCAUGGGCGGUGGAGAUCCAGGGUUUAGAACUUACUGUCGAAGCUUUUAAUUCUUCCAUUGUUUCCUGGAAACGUGCCUGCUAUUUGGCUGCAACUUCCGCCAGAUGUUCUUAUCAGCGAGCUUUGCUCUUGGCUCCAUGGCAAGCAAAUAUCUAUACAGAUAUUGCAAUUAGUUCAGAUCUUGUAUCCUCUUUGACCGAGUGCCCUAGUCAUGACUUAAAUGCUUGGCAGCCACCAGAGAAGAUGGCCUUGGGGGCCUUGUUACUUGAAACUGAAAAUUACGAGUUCUGGGUGGCUUUGGGACAUUUGUCUAAUCAUAACACAUUAAAACAACAUGCUCUAAUUCGGGGUUUGCAACUGGAUGCAUCUCUAGCUGUUGCUUGGGCAUACUUAGGGAAGCUCUAUAGGAGAAAUAAUGAGAGGCAAUUGGCAAGACAGGCUUUUGAUUGCUCGAGAAGUAUAGAUCCUUCACUUGCAUUACCAUGGGCUGGCAUGUCAGCUGAUUUUCAUGCUGGGGAGCCAGCAGCAGAUGAGGCUUUUGAGAGUUGUUUACGAGCUGUGCAAAUUUUGCCUCUUGCAGAAUUUCAAAUUGGUCUUGCUAAGCUUGCAGUGGUUUCAGGACAUCUUUCAUCUCCACAGGUUUUUGGAGCUAUCAUGCAGGCCGUGGAGCGCACCCCUCACUAUCCAGAAAGCCAUAAUUUGAAAGGGCUGGUUUGUGAGGCACGAUAUGAUUAUCUGUCUGCUGCCGCUUCUUAUAGGCUAGCUCGAUGCAGAGCCGCUGACUCUUUCUCCUGUGUUUCAAAAUCUCAAAUCAGAGAUAUAUCAAUUAAUUUGGCCAGAUCUCUUAGUAAGGCUGGAAAUUUUCUAGAUGCCGCACAGGAAUGUGAAAACUUGAAAAUAGAAGGAUUGCUUGAUGCGGAAGGUCUACACAUAUAUGCUUUAUCCUUGUGGAAACUUGGUCAAAGUAACUUGGCCCUCUCUGUGGUCAAAAAUCUUGCUGCUAGUGUUUCUAGUAUGGAGCACAUUUAUGCGGCUGCCUCUGUUAGUUUUAUUUGUCGAUUGCUGUAUUCCAUUUCUGGCCUAGAUUCAGCAAUUAAUAGUAUUCUGAAAAUGCCAAAGGAACUGUUUCAGAGUUCAAGAAUCAGUUUUAUAGUGUCUGCCAUUCAUGCUCUCGACCGAAGUAAUCGACUCGAGUCUGUCGUUGCAAGCAGCCGUUACUACCUCAAAUCUCCUGAAGAUAUAAGUGGAAUGCACUUUCUAAUUGCACUUGGUAAAUUAGUAAAAAAUGGGUCGGGAUCUUCUCUUGGGUUUAAUAGUGGAGUGGCUCACCUCAGAAAAGCUCUUCACAUGUACCCUAAUAGUGGUCUGUUAAGGAACCUGCUUGGUUAUCUCUUGCUGUCUGGGGAAGAAUGGAAUGAUUCGCAUCUUGCAACUAGGUGCUGCUUCGGAGAUGUUUCUAAUGGUCUAGUGAAAGGUUUGAAAUCAACAUAUGAAAUCCUUGGUGCCGGAUCUGUUGCUUGCUAUGCGCUAAGCACUAGGAAUCCGAAGUUUUCCUUUCCAACGUGCUCAUAUCAAUGUCUGAAUCCUGAAGCUACCGAGCAGCUGCAGAAAUGCUUACGUCGAGAACCAUGGAACCAGAGUGUGAGGUAUUUACUUAUCCUCAAUUUACUCCAGAAAGCACGAGAAGAGAGAUUUCCCCAUAACAUAUGUAUCAUGCUUGAGCGGCUCAUUUGUGUGGCUCUUUCCGAUGAAUGUUAUUCUCAGAUAGACGUGUCUUAUCAAUAUCAAAAGUUCCAACUUCUCCUUUGUGCUUCUGAGCUCAGUUUGCAAGGUGGAAAUCAAAAUGGUUGUGUCAACCAUGCCAAAAAUGCUUCAUCAAUCACACUUCCCGACGGUUAUCUCUUUUUUGCACACUUGCUAUUAUGCCGUGCUUAUGCAUCAGAUGGUGAUCUUACCAACCUUCAGAAAGAGUAUAUAAGGUGUUUGGAGCUGAAGACAGAUUGCUAUGUUGGUUGGAUUUAUCUAAAAAUUAUUGAAUCGCAAUAUGGCUUGCAAAAUGAUUUAAAUCUCUCAGAGUUGAACUUCAAUGGGUGCUUGAUGGAAGGGAAGGAUCCACCGAACAUGUGGAUGGCUGUAUUUCAUCUAGUGCAAGGUUUGAUUUGUGUGUGGAAGCAGGAUUUCCUUUCUGCUGAAGACUUUCUUAGACGAGCCUGUUCAUUGGCAAGCGCUGAGAGCUGCCUCCAGCUAUGUCAUGGUGCUACCUGUUUGGAGCUUGCCAGACAGUGGUGUGAUUCACAAUUAUUGUUGCUUGCAAUUAGAAGUCUGAGGAGAGCUCGAGAAGCUUCGGCAACCCCUCUACCGUUUAUCUCUGCAUUAUUGGCUCAAGCAGAAGGAAGCCUUGGUUCCAAAGAAAAAUGGGAGAAUAGCCUGCGUCACGAAUGGUUUACUUGGCCACCAGAAAUGAGGCCUGCUGAGCUUUUCUUCCAAAUGCAUUUGCUUGCAAGACAAUCAAGAGCGGGGCCGGACUCUUCCAAUGUGGAGUGCUGUCAGAGUCCACAGAGAUGGGUUCUUAGGGCCAUUCAUACUAAUCCUUCUUGUGUCAGAUAUUGGAAGGUCUUGCAGAAGCUAGAUGGAUAAGUUGUUUAGUCAAAAAGUUACACUCGAAAGUAAACAUAAUCUCCUUCCAAUUGUAUGUAAAUUAUGCCAAUUGUAUUGUUAUCAUUUAUUCGAAUUGGCUUUGGUUUAGUAAUUCCAGGAAUUAUAGGCCAUAGGUGUUUCUUUUAUCUUUGCAUUCUAUUAUCCUAUGAUGAAUUUUUCAUUCGAUGAUAGCUGUA